AUGCAGUACGUCAGAAACUUGAGCGACUCAGUUUCGACAGCAUGGAACUCCUUGAACCCCGCUACACUUAGCGGUGCCAUCGAUGUCAUUGUUGUCGAGCAAGAUGAUGGCUCGUUCGCCUGUUCUCCAUUCCAUGUGCGGUUUGGCAAGUUCUCUCUUCUCCGACCCAGUGACAAGAAAGUCGAGUUCAAGGUCAACGGCGUCAAGCAAGAGUAUUCCAUGAAGCUUGGAGUGGGAGGAGAGGCCUUUUUUGUCUUCGAAACAACUGAAAAUAUUCCUCAGUCCCUCCAAACAUCGCCGUUGGUGUCGCCAGCAAGCAGUCCUCCCCUUGACCCUUCUACGCCCGAUUUGAAAGAGCCAGACACACUUGAACUUGAUCCGCAGGCUUCAACACCCCAGAGGCCCCCUAACGCCAUCCUACAGACACAGCCAGAUGACAAUGGCAUGAUCACACCCGUUACAGCCUCCCCCAACCUGCUGCCCACUCGUCCUGCUUCGGGUGAUUGGUCUAACGUUACUCCGCGACAUCAUAGCGACGAUGUGAUCCGAUACUCAGCCCGGUCGAAAGAUAGAGAUGAAGACAAGUCGGGCGACGAAGAAGAAGAGAGCGGUAACACCUCCGAUAGAUCCCACAGUCCUCCGCCGCUGAGCCCCAAGGAGGCCAUCGAACGGGCAAUGGCCCUCUCGCGCGAACUCGCAACUGUCAAUAUCCCUAGUAUAGUCACCGAAACGGGUGAUCUCAUGCUCGACAUGUCGGGCUACAAGAACAGCGAAGAAGAGAUGAUUCGUGCCGAGGUAUUGGCAAGGAAUAUUCUUUCCAAGGAGCUUGACGGCAACUAUGACAUUGGAUCUCUCUUCGGAUUUGACACUGAGGGCAAUCUUUGGAUUUACAGUAGUGAGGAAGCACGACAGGCAGCUAUGAAGAGGACGAUGGAGUCUACUCUUUCACACCAUGGACAUGGAGUGGCUGCAGAUGCCGCCUCGGAUCCUGGAUACCAAAGCGAUGGCAGUGAUGUCACAGCAUCCAUGAUUCCGUCGCAUAGGCGCGCAGAAUCUGCUGGGCCGGCUGAUAUGCAAACGCCCCCAAGAACACCCCCAGGAUCUAGCCCUUCGGGCGAUUCGACCCGAAACUACGCCAAGACUCUUCGGUUGACUAGUGAGCAGCUCAAAGAUCUCAAUCUACAGCCAGGUCCAAAUGCGAUGAGCUUCACAGUGAACAGGGCAACAUGCUCUGCUAACAUGUACCUGUGGAAGCAUGAAACCCCCGUGGUGAUUUCCGACAUCGACGGCACCAUCACCAAGUCCGAUGCCCUCGGCCAUGUUCUCAACAUGAUAGGGCGAGAUUGGACUCAUGCAGGUAUUGCGAAACUGUACAGUGAUAUUUCUGCCAACGGAUAUAAUAUCAUGUAUCUGACGAGUCGAUCCGUCGGGCAGGCCGAUACCACUCGGGCCUACCUGAGCAACAUUGUUCAAGAAGGUUGCCGAAUGCCUGCCGGGCCAACAAUUCUAUCCCCAGACCGGACAAUGGCGGCGUUACGACGAGAGGUCUACUUGCGUCAACCCCAGGUGUUCAAGAUGGCUACCCUUCGCGACAUCAGCAAUCUUUAUGGACCUGAGCACAGUCCGUUCUACGCAGGAUUUGGCAAUCGUCUGACAGAUCAGAUCUCGUACAGAACUGUCGAUGUUCCCAGGAACCGAAUUUUCACAAUCAAUUCCAACUCGGAGGUGUCACUUGAUCUUCUGACCCUUAAUAAGCUAAAGAUGACCUAUGUCAACAUCAACGAGGUUGUAGACCACUACUUCCCACCUGUCAGCACCUUGGUGACUGGUGGAGGAGAGGCAUACACCGAUUUCAUGUACUGGAGGGAUGAUCCACUCCCACUGGAUGACUUUUCAGCCAGCGAAGUCGAUGAGGAUGAAGCAGACCAAGCGAGUCUAUAUGCAGAGGAUGACGACGAGGAAGGUGAUGAUGCCCUAGCCGACAGCUAUAUUUCCCGUGACUCGUAUGAUGAGGGUGCGCCCCGUGACAGCAUUGACAGCGUGGCCGAUCUUCGACGCUCGUCCGAGGAAGCUUACGAGGAUGCUGAUGAUGAAGAAUACGAUGAUGAGGAUGAUGCAUAUGUUUCCGAAGAUGAUGUGCAGGAGUACGCCAACCGAUCCACCACAGUCACGCCCGAGCGAAAACGAGUCGCAAGAGAAGAUGUGAGCGCAGAAAUUAUCACAGGGGUUGGUCAUCUAUCCAUCGGAGAAGAUGCUAAGCAGUGA